AUGUUCAAGACCCUACACAUCAAUGUCCCAUUUAUUGAGGCUCUUGCUCAAUUGCCUCACUAUGCUAUGUUCCUCAAAGAAUGGUUGUUGAACAAGAGGAAGAUAAAAGAGGUAUCCAUUGUUACUUUGAGCGAGGAAUAUUCCACCAUCAUCUCAAAUAGGAUCCCCAAGAAGGAGAAAGAUCUGGGAGAAUUUAUCAUCCCAUGUACUAUUGAGGGAAUGCUUGAUGAGAAAGCUCUUGCCGAUCUUGGAGCAAGUAUCAGCUUGAUGACUUAUAAAAUUUUUCAAAAGUUGGGGCUUUGUGAGCUUAAGCCGACAAGGAUGACUCUUCAACUUGCCAAUUGUUAUGUUCAUCAUCCUAUGGGCGUUGUUGAAGUUGUGCUAGUGAAGAUGGACUGA